ACCCAAUUAUGCCGCGGUGCUAAUUCUCGCCCUCGUCCUCUUCACUACCCCACCCCUCCCCCGAAGAUGUCCUUCUUCGGCUUCAAUACCGCCCUACCUAGGGAUCGAGCUCCUCCGAUUGAAACUCGGGGCAUCUUCGACACCCCUGACCCGUUCGCCGAAGUUGCCCGCGCCCGAGCAGAAGGCUACCAAGGCGGCGAAGAUGACGACGUGAUUGAUUUUGAAGAUACUUACGAUGGUCUGGGAGACCAGCUCGACGACGACCAAGAUGCGUUCAAUGACGACACGUUUGGUGGUGGUGGUGGCGGCGUCGACCCUGGCCCUGUCGGAAAGGAUUUCGAUUUCUUCGGGAGAACCGCUCAGGUCGCCGACGUGAUCGGAGAGGAGCAGAUCCGCUACAGUCUACAGCAACCUGGUGCACCCGCUGGCGCCUCUGCGACUGCGACGCAAGCCACUGUCGAUACGGCUCUGCCAAGCGCUGCGGCCCAGAAGCCCAAACGCACCGGCUAUGAGAAGUACCAGGACCCGGGCUAUAUCCCCGACCUCCAGGCCAAGUCUAGCGUCUGGGGCAUGCCCAAGAAACCGGAGCCACAGCCGCAGCCGCAGCCGGUGUCGCAGUCGCAGUCGCAGUUGCAGCUACAACAGCUGCAGCAGCUGCAGUUGCAACAUCAGCUCACACCUCAGAUGGUAUCGCAGGCGAAGAAGAUGCUGAGCUUAGAGGAGGUGGAAGCGCAGCUGCGCAGACAAGGUCCGGGUUCAAUCCCUACCCAGCUCCCAUUGCCGCACCCGUAUUCGAUGCCAGAACUGGCUCAGCCGCUUCAGCGUGCACAGAUGCCGCCGCUUCCCGAAGGCUUCGCACAGUUGCCGCCGGAGAUCCUACAGGCCCAGCUCGCCAAGGGUGUCGCGCACGCAGUACAGCAUCAGCCAACAAUGGUCCCGGAGCCGUACCCGCUUCCGGCGCACCCUCCGAACAUGCCGAUACAUCUUCUGCAGAAUGCCAACCUGCCGCCUCAGCAUAUGGUGCCGCCUCAGCGUCAGGCGAUGUCGCCGGCAGCUCAGCGACCUCAACUGCAGCAACAGCAGCAGCAGCCCAUACCCCAGGCUCCUCGUGGUAACAACGCUCAACUGCCAGUGAUAACCAACUCCCAGCAGUUGAUGCAUUUGACCGAAGAGCAGCGUAUCGCGUACUUGAUGGAAGAUGCUAAGCGUGCGAAGCGCAAUCAUAAGAUCUUCCUCCUGUCCAAGGGUAACGGACUGAUGACCCCGCAAGACAAGAAUUUCAUCACGCGAAUCCAACUACAGCAGCUCGUCGCAGCCGCCGGGAGUGUUACGGACUCGGAUUCGGAAGCUGUCUUGGCCGAGGAUUUCUACUAUCAGGUCUACAGCCAAAUCCGUGGGGCCCCACGCCAACACCCACACCAACCUCUCGGACACUUUGCGCAGACAUACCUUCUUCAGACAGGCAACAGGAUUGGAGGCCAUGGAUCUCGCCGGCAGUUUCAGAGCGCCGACAACCACAUGCAGAGAAUGCAGCAGCAGGUCCAGCGUGCGGUGGAGGCCGCUAAGCAAAAGCCCAAGAACAAGCAGCUUAUUAUCGAAGGCAGCUUGGGCAAGAUCUCCUUCAGCAACGCCAAAACACCAAAGCCUAUGCUUAAUAUCAAGCGCCCUGAGAGCUCUGAAGGUACCAAGACGGUGAAGAAGCCACACACCGACCUGAGCGUCAGUGACCGCAAGUCCGUUCUGACCAACCUUGAGAGUGUCUAUAGCACCCUGAUGGAGAUGGAAGACAUGGAGCGCACGAUGCCUCCCCCGCCUGAUGAGAACGACGCGGAGGCGAUUCAGAAGCACAUGGAAUGGAGACAGAAUAUCCGCUCGCUCAAUCAGAAGCUGUGGCGAGAACUCCGGGUCAUGGAGCCCAUUGUUCCCAACACCAACACUCCCCAUCCGUUCAUUGCUUUCCUCUCUUACGCAAAGGGCAAAAAGGCCAUCCCUCGUAUCUUCCGCCACAUUGAUCAGGAACAGCGUGUCACCAUCCUUACUAUGAUUGUCGUUCACUUGGAUUCCUUGGAUGUCGUCCGGCGCGCACAGCCCGUGCCCGGAGAAACCCAGCCCUCUCUGGCGGUUCGGGAAGCCAUCGAUCUUUUCUCCCAGGCUGUCAUGCCCAGUCUUCUGGGUUACGUCAAUGAGGCGCCAUUCAACAUCAUCAUUGGGCUGUUGGGGCUUGUUAUUGCGCAGACUCAGGUUCAUAUGAUCUCUAAGACCCGUAUUGGGCUUGGAAUCUUAACCAUGCUUCUCAGUCGUGCCGAGAUUGUGAAGGAAGCUGGACAGGCUACCGAGCGGGACUGGCAACAGUGGGUUGAAAAGUUCAACGUGUUGUUUGACACCCUCGAGCCCAGCUUCGGCGAUAUCUUCCCUAGCUCGAUCAACGCUGGCGACGACAUGUAUGUAUGGCAGUUUCUGGCUGCAGUUGGCAUAGGAGCCAGCCCCGAACAACAGCAGCGCUUGGUUAUUGCAGUCAAGGACCGGGUGAUGGAGACGGUGACCUACAGCAAGACGCUUCCUGCCGACAUGGCCAGCCAGCGCCUUGGCAACGUUAAUCUCUUCAUGAGGGCUAUUGGCCUGGAUGUUGAACUUCUAGGUUAAGAAUCGACCGAAUGAGGAGGCACUUCUUUAGCUGGCCAAGUCCAAAGUUCCCAGGACAUGCUCUAGACCUGUCCACGUGUCGUUUGGGGCCAGUUCGAGAUUGAUCCCCAAUCGAUCUUAAUCCACCGGGGUCCAUCAUGACAGGGUCUGUCCGCUGAUCUCCGUGCGGAUUUGCUUAGCAGAGUUGGCCUAUAUCAAAAUCGAC